AUGAGAGGGAAACUGGAAACCCUGGCCAUGGUCCUGGGCUUCGUCGGCCUCGUGGGGACCGUGGUUGCCACCGCGAUGCCCAUGUGGAGGGUGAGCGCCUUCAUAGGAGCCAACAUCAUCGUCAUGGAAACAAUUUGGGAAGGUCUAUGGAUGACCUGUGCCUAUCAGACAGAUAUUCGCAUGCAGUGUAGGCAGUACUACUCUUGGCUAAUCCUACCUCCAGAGAUGCAGGCAGCGCGGGUCCUCAUGUGUGUGUCUGUGAUCCUGGCUUUUUUUGCCGUGCUGGUGGCAGGUUGCGGUGUGAGGAGCACCAACUGUUGUAAGGAUAACGAGAGAGGCAAAAACAUCGUCCUGGUGGUCGGGGCGUGCAUGUUCUUGCUCUCCUGUCUCUGCACCAUGAUUCCCGUAGCUUGGACCACUCACACCAUCAUCUGGAACUUCUACAACCCCGAGGUGAUCGACGCCGAGAAACACGAGAUCGGAGCGGCGAUCUACGUCGGCUGGGCCACCUGCGGAGUUCUCCUGGCCGCCGGGGUGAUCCUGAUCUGUCGUUACUGCCCCCGCCAGCAAAAGGAAGAGGGGGUGUACUACGCUCCAACGAGUGCUGAGAGACAGAGUAUGGUUCACCUGGAGCGCAAAUCAAAUGGCUCCUUUAAAACUAUGCAAUAUGUCUAA